CAUACUCUUGCCACUUCACUUCCCACCUGGCCCUUGCAUGUUGUUGUUCUUUUUCUUCUUCUUCUUCUUCUUCUUCUUCUUCUUCAACCUCACCAUCUCCAAUAACCAUUACACCCCUGCGCACGUUAGUCUCCACCACCACACAAAUAAACCCCAACUCAAUCUCUUAAUCCUCAUUCACCAACCUUGUUAAUCAUUCAAUUAACCUAAACUAAUAUCUCUCUAAUCUUUUUUAAUUUUUUUUCCACUUUCUAUUUCAAUCAACAAUGAUGGACUCCGAAAAUAACAACACCUCAGAGGAACAUUUCCACCCUCUCUCAGAAUCAAAUGAUGAAUUAGAAAAUCUCAUUCUACACGAAAAGAACGAAAACGAUUCGUUAACGAGUAAAUCAUACUCUAAUUACCGGAGCGUGAUGUCCACGCUCUCUGAUUCAAACAAUUCUCAUAACCAUCCUCUCUCAUCGCCGAGCUUCGUUUCACCGGUGGAUUCCGAUCCACUUUUAUCUCCGCCGCAGCACCACCGUGAAUUUCAAAACCCUAAUUCACCUAACGCAGACGCAAUUUUCACUUCCUUUGACGGUGAAACAUCUUCCAACGGUGUUAAUACUCCGACACGAAGCUUCUCAGAUGGAGGAGUUUUUUCGAGAUCGGAGUCUUUGAAUUCGGAGUAUUUGAGAAUUACGGUUUCGAAUCCGGUUAAGGAGCAAGAGAAUUCGAAUUCGAUUGUUCCUGGUAGUAAUAGUUAUGUUACGUAUUUGAUUACGACGAGGACGAAUUUACAGGAGUUUGGAGGUAAUGAAUUCGGUGUUCGGAGAAGGUUUAAAGAUGUGGUUACGCUUUCUGAUCGAUUAUCGGAGGCGUAUCGUGGGUUUUUUAUACCGCCGAGGCCGGAUAAGAGUAUUGUGGAGAGUCAGGUGAUGCAGAAGCAGGAGUUUGUUGAGCAGAGAAGGGUGUCAUUGGAGAAAUAUUUGAGGAGAUUGGCGGAUCAUCCGGUGAUUCGGAAGAGUGAUGAGUUUAGAGUGUUUUUGCAGGUUCAAGGGAAGCUUCCGUUGGUGGGUUCGACGGAUGUGGCUUCGAGGGUUUUGGAUGGCGCGGUGAAGCUGCCGAAGCAGUUGAUGGGGGAGAGUGUUAUUGCUCCUAGUGAGGUUGUUCAACCGGCGAAAGGUGGGAGGGAUUUGUUGAGGUUGUUUAAGGAGUUGAAGCAGUCUAUGGCGAAUGACUGGGGUGGUUCUAAGCCGCUUGUUGUGGAGGAAGAUAAGGAGUUUCUUGCAAAGAAAGAAAGGGUUCAUGAACUUGAACAACAAAUCAAUGGUGCUUCUCAGCAGGCUGAAUCACUUGUUAAAGCACAACAGGACAUGGGAGAGACAAUGGGAGAAUUAGGGUUGGCGUUUAUUAAAUUAACAAAAUUUGAAAAUGAAGAAGCUGUUUCGGAAUCUCAGAGGGUACGAGCUACAGACAUGAAAGGUGUAGCAACAGCUGCUGUGAAAGCUAGCAGAUUAUUCCGAGAAUUAAAUUCUCAGACUGUGAAGCAUUUGCAGGAUACACUUCACGAAUAUCUUGGAUUAAUGUUGGCUGUUCAUAGUGCAUUCACUGAUCGCACAAAUGCACUAUUGACAGUACAAACUCUUCUAUCCGAACUCUCUUCCUUGCAAUCAAGAGCAGAAAAACUUGAAGCGGCUUCAUCUAAAAUAUUUGGGGGUGACAAAUCAAGGACUCGGAAGUUAGAGGAGCUGCAGGAUACCAUAAGAGCCACAGAAGAUGCCAAAAAUGUUGCAAUCAGAGAAUAUGAGCGGAUCAAGGAAAACAAUAGGAGUGAACUUGAAAGGCUUGAUAGAGAGAGGCAGGCUGACUUCUUAAACAUGUUGAAAGGAUUUGUAGUUAAUCAGGUUGGAUAUGCUGAGAAAAUAGCUAAUGUCUGGACUAAAGUUGUUGAAGACACAAGUGGAUAUGCAAAAGAAAGCACGUGAGCUCUAGUUGUUGAUUUAAAUUUUCAUCUUUAUUCAUUGAUGUGUCAUUCUCAGAAUGUCUGUAUUCAUGACAAUAAAUCAAAAGAUUUGUUUGGCUGGUUCAUAGGUUUUUUUUUUUCUUUCUCACUUGUAACUCAGAACAUUUAUUUACACAUCAUUCUAAAGAUACUUGAUGUUGUACAUUACAUGCUCUUUGUUUGACUCUUGCAUCUUUCACAAGGUCUAAUUUUUGUUUAUAUUA